AGGCAUGUAGCAUUGUCACCUCCAAUGCCCAUCGAACAGGGAACCUAUAUUUUUUAUUUUUAUUUUUUAUUCUCUUUGAGUUCCAGCCUUCCAGGGAACCAAAAUUGUAGAAUCUCACAACAAAUCAAAAGAAUUGUAUGGAUCCCCAAAGGCCAUGGCAAGUACUCAAGUUUGGGCUGGCAGGGCUCUUUAUACUUUCCAUUGGGCUGUCCACAAAAGUUGCAAAUUGUUCCUAACCUGCUCCCAAUCGACUUACCUCCGUCGUCUCGCUGCGGCUUUGUACGCCCGGAAGUAUGCCGCUAAAAUGGGUUUUGCAUUGGCAACCGAAUGCCGGCAGCACUGUUAACAGUCAGAUACUCAACGAGGUUUCGCAAUGUGUUGAGAGUAUCCAUGGCGUUAAAGGGGGCAAGUGGAAAGCUACUCUCACUUUCUACAAACCCAUCCUACGAGACCAGAACUUACCAGCGGCCGAGUUCCCGCGCGACUUUCUCGGAAUUUCGCUGCCGGAGCAACCAAACAAGUAUUAUCUUAUAAUUCGUGGCCAACGGAUCGUCCUGGAAGCUGAUUUUACGAUUCAGGCUAUAAUGGAGAAGCUGCAGUCUUACAAAUUGCGCGUUGCUCUCAAUUUUGAGUACCAGUUAGGGGAUUUCCAACUGAGAGUGGGAAAAGUUGUUCCCAACAAUUCCGAGAAUUUGAGAGGGAUAGUUAUGGAGAUUGAGUAUCUCCCAAUAUCUUCAAUGGAGAAAUCAAGAAAGGUAAUGGAGGAGUUCUUCGAGGUAUGGCAAGAAGCCAUGUCAAAAAGUUCAUUACCAGGUCGUUUCAUGCACAUAGAACCAAAUUUUGCAGAAUAUGGACUGUCGGAUUAUUACACUUCUCAACACACAGCAGUUCAGUAUGCCAACGUGAUGGCUCAACUAAUCGCUACUGUGCAAGCAGUUCAAUCCGCCAGAAAUUAGCUUAGUAAUUGCUUUUAUUUAUCAGUUUGAGAUUAUUAGCCUAUGUAUGCUUAAGUUGCUCUUCUUCUUUUUCGAAUGAUGGAACAUUAGAUGUUACUGAAAGUUUAAAUCCAACAAACAAAGCAGAAACUCGAAAACA